AUGGAGAAGGAAGAAGUCAUUCACGAAAAGUACGAGAACGAGAAGCAGUUCGACGACGUCGAGCCUCAGCUCAACCUCGAUGAGGAAGAUGAUUCCCCCAUCGAAGAAGUUCGAGUUACCAUCUCCAACACCGAUGACCCCACUAUGCCCUACAACACAUUCCGCAUGUGGUUCCUCGGUCUCUUCUGGACCUGCAUCAUCUCCUUUGUCAACCAAUUCUUCUAUCUUCGUCAGACCCAGAUCUCGAUCGGUUACUCUGUCGUCGCCCUUCUCUCGCUCCCCAUGGGUCACUUCAUGGCCCGUGUCCUCCCCACCAGCCAGUUCAACCUCUUUGGCUUCAAGUUCUCGCUCAACCCCGGUCCCUUCAACAUCAAGGAGCACGUCCUCAUCGGAACCAUGGUCGCCUGUAACCAGGGCACUGCCUAUGCUGUCGACAUUGUCAUCUUGCAAAAGUUGUGGUACAACAGCGAGAAGUCCUUUGUCGCCGGCAUGUUCCUUGUCCUUACCACCCAAAUCACAGGUUUCGCCAUUGCUGGUGCCAUUCGUCGCUUCUUGGUCCGCCCUGCUCACAUGAUCUGGCCCUCGACCUUGGUCACUGCCUCGCUUUUCCGUUCACUCCACGCCCAGCGUGACGAGGACAAUAGCGGUCGCAUGUCGAGGAUGAAAUACUUCAUGAUCAUCGCUGGUGGUUCCUUUGUGUACUACUGGCUCCCCGGUUUGAUCUUCCCCACCAUCGGUUACAUUGCCUGGAUCUGCUGGAUCAACCCCAACAACGUCGUCCUCUCCCAGCUCACCGGCACUAAUGGUCUUGGUAUUGGUGUCAUUGCCCUCGACUGGUCUGCUGCCUCGUACUACAUCGGACCAUUGGUCACCCCUUGGUUCGCCCAGGUCAACAUCUUGGUCGGUUUCAUCCUCGUCGCCUGGGUCAUGGUCCCCUGGGCCUACUACUCUGACCUCUGGGGCUCCAAGACUUUCCCUAUUGUCACCGCCGUAUUGUACAGGGGCAACGGGUCCGAGUACGACAAGAGUCUUGUCCUCAACGCCCAGGGUAUCUUGGAUGAGCAGUUGUACGUCGAGUAUGGUCCUCUCCGCAUGGACUCCUUCUUUGCUCUGACCUAUGGAGUCGGUUUCGCCGGUCUGACUGCCACCAUCGUCCACGUCCUCCUGUACAACGGUCGCGAGAUUGUCGAGCGCUGGAAGUCUGCCCGUGCUGAAAACGAGGAUGUCCACUCCCGCUUGAUGCGUGCAUACCCCGAGGUUCCCGACUGGUGGUACGGUCUCCUCUUCAUUGUCACCUUCGCUCUCUCCAUGGUCACUUGUGUUGUCUGGGACUACAUGCCUUGGUGGGCCCUUCUUCUCGCCCUUGCUAUCGCCAUCAUCUUUGUCUUGCCCGUCGGUAUCGUCCAGGCUGUCACCAACCAGCAGCCUGGUUUGAACAUUGUCACUGAGUACGUUAUCGGUUACAUCUUACCCGGUAACGCAAUCGCCAACGUCACCUUCAAGACCUACGGUUACAUCGUCAACGUUCAGGCCCUCAACUUUGUCUCUGAUUUGAAGCUGGGACACUACAUGAAGAUCCCUCCAAAGGUCAUGUUCAUGGCCCAGUUGGUCUCUGCCGUCAUCUCCUGCAUCAUCAAUUUGGGUACUGCCACCUGGUUGAUCAACACCCGUCCUAACGUCUGCACCCCACAAGGCGCACCCUUCACUUGCCGUUCCACAAAGACCUUCUACUCGGCCUCGGUCAUCUGGGGUGCCAUCGGACCUGCUCGCGUCUUUGGUAGCAAGGACGACGCUCUCUACGCCCCGGUCCAGUGGGGUUUCCUUGUCGGUGCCCUCCUCCCUCUUUUCUUCUGGGCCCUCUCCAAGAAGUUCCCCCAUAUUGAAUGGUUGAAGCUCGUCCACUGGCCUGUGUUGCUGGCCGCCACCUCCAACAUGCCUCCCGGUCUUCCCUACAUGUACACCAACGGUCUUGCCCUCGGCUUCAUCUUCGCUUUCUGGCUCAGACGUUACCGUUACGACUGGUGGUCUCGCUACAACUACCUGACCUCCGCUGCCUUAGAUACCGGAGUGGCCAUCGCUGGUCUCCUGAUCUUCUUUGCUGUCCAGUCCUGGGAUGGCGAGUUCCCCGCCUGGUGGGGUAACCCUGCUGACGGUGUCUAUGAUCACUGUCCUCUCGGUGGCGCCAACUACGCAGGUGAAUCCUGGUAG